UACUGUGAUGACGAUGAUCUGAUCUCGUUCCUCAGGCACUUUUUGAACAUGUCCGAGAACAGCCAGAAAUGUCGGUAGACGACAUGCUCUGGUGGCUUUACGACACAUAUAAGAUUGUUGUCGGCACGCGCACAAUUCGACGGGUUUUCGAGCGAAAAGGCGACAAAGGUCUGACGAAAGUAAAGGGCAAAUCUUUCCGCAGGCGCAGCACCAACGGAGGGGCAGAGGAGGGCGAGGACGAUACUAUCAUGGCCAGCGAAGGACUUCAUGACGGUCUGUCGCAAGGACAACCGUUACAGAACGCCGAUGCGCAGUACCAAUCACCUUUCGCGCCAAUGACAUCUGAGCUUCCCGCAGAGCAGCAGCUCGUUCAGGCUUUCCAGCAGCAGACUGCUCAGCAUACUUAUCCUCCUCCACCGACGACAGAUCUUGAUGGCGAUCUGCCAGAUGACGAAGAGACGCUACAACUACAACUCGAGCAGAUCGCACUGCAAAAGCGCGAAGUUGAGCUGAAGCUCAAGAUGCGUCGCCUACAGAGCAGUCGAGGAAUCUCCACCACCCAGCCAGCUGUCGCGUCGGAUCCCUCGCCCAGCAUUCUCUACAAUCCCAAUGCAGUCAUUCCAACCGGACCGAAACGCGAUUCGCGCAGCAAAAAGAAGAUUGAAGAAUCCAAGCGCCGCACCGCCGAGCGUCAAGAGCGCAUGCUUCGUGAGCUCGAACGACGCAGCCGACGCCGCGACCACCUCACAGCAGAAUGGGUGACGAGCAAGGACAUCUGGCCAUUGCGCGCUCAGGGCCUACUAGCUGAUCUGAUGCACCGUUACGCCUGCUACACUUUUGGACAAAAUUCACAGGAGUCGUUCGAGGUCAUGUACCAGGAGUUGUACCAGCUGGUGGACCUGACCAAAGGCGAUUGGUUGCCGGGUCUCCACGAUGAGAUGCUGCGGGAACGUAUGAAGCGCAAGAUGGGCCAGUUGCGCGCCAAGAUGCAGAAGACGGGCGAGAUCGUGCCGCGGAAUGACGGCUACGGCGGGUUCCAGAAGAGCGAGGAUUACACCGGCGAGCAGGCCGGCGCGAUGGUCGGCGGCGCAGACGAGAGCGAGCUAGUCUCAGAGUUGACGGGAUCCCUGGCGGCCGGCGAUGAGGAUGCCUCGGCGGCAGCGGUGGUGGCGGCAGCAGCGGCAGCGGUUCAACAACAACAGCAGCAGCAGCAACAGGCACAACAGGCGCAGCAACAGGCGCAGCAAUCUCAGCAGCAGCAGCAACAGUCGCAGCAACCCCAACAAAUCCAUUACGAGCCUGUCGUGCCUGAUCAUCACCUGCAAACGAGUCUGCCCUAUGCAAUUUCGCCACAGUAUCCUAUGAUGGAUCAGAAUCUCCUCCGCGCGCAGGGCCCAUUCUUCACCGAAUCGCAUAUGUAGAGAGAAGACUUUCCUUAUACUGAUGACUUUUAUGACCUUCGCUUUCCAUUCACGAAACCUACCAACAUUGCCUUUCUUCUCCAUCAGCUUCGCUAGGAGUUGCAUAUAAUAUCUGAAUGGAAAAACCCUGCGAGAAUGUCGAUCUUUACGCAUAUUCCUUAACACAUCUAACGGCAACUAGGGGGAUAAA